UUGUUCGUCAUUUUUUUCGACUUCUUUCAAAAUUACGAUCGUUGGUGUGACAGUUUGUGAAUUUGGGAGUUGGUUAAGUGAUUUUAUAAAUGAUUGACAUAUUACGCAACGGAUGUUAAAUGUGGAGCUUUACUAUUGGCUAAUAUUUUAAAUCUUAAAAUGUCAUUCAUAUGAUUGGUUACUGAGAAGCGUCUAUUGUUUAAAGUCAAAUAAGAAAAAAACUUCAAAUUUAUAAAAACUUCAAGUUUUUUUUAUUUGAAGUUAUUCGAAGGAACUUCAAAUUUUGGUUUUUGAAAAAAAACUUUAAUUUUUAAAUAAGGAAUAACUUAGAUUUUUUUUAGCUUUGAAAAUGAAUAAACUUCAAAUUUUUUUGUUCAGUAAUAAUGACGUCUCUUUUUUAAAAAUAGUUUGAAAUUAGCAUACAAUACUUCGGUCUAGCUAUAAAAGCGAGAGCUUUUUUCAAUUCAGUCAGAGCGUCUGGGGCCAGAGCAAAGGUUCAUAAGAGAUAAAGAGAUUGGUUCAUCAUACAAGGUACUUUUACGAAUAUGGUUUUUUGCAAAAUAUGUUCGUUAGAAUUUCCUGAUAAUAAGUCUUAUGAUAUACAUGUUAAAGAGAAGCACUUUUCUUGUGAUUUAUGUUCUAGUGUUUUAAAAACACAGAAUACGUUGACGGAGCAUAAGAGAUUAUACCAUGAGAGGAAUUUUCAUUGUCGUUAUUGUGACGAAUCUUUUCCGACUGUUCGUUCUUUGACUUUACAUCGAACAAUUUAUCACGAAAACAACGAGGAACAUGUUUGUGAUAUUUGCGGUAAAGUUUUUCGUAAGAUUGGUAGUUUAAGAAAGCACAAGACACAAGUUCAUACUAAUCCACUUCAAUGCGAUUUAUGUCAGUGUGAAUUUAGAUCAAAAUACAAACUUCGUAGCCAUAUAGCGAAGGAACAUUCGGAGAAUUGUUGUAAUUUUUGCGGUUAUGGUUUUUUGCGAAAGAAGGAUUUGUUUCUUCAUCAAGAAAGACAUUGUAAACAAUCUUUUAAAUGCGAACAUUGUCCGUUGGAGUUUAGUUCUUUGAUGUUGUGUAACAAACACAUGCUUAAAAAUCACGGUCGUUUGGGAUUCCAAAUAGAAGCGGUUCCUACACAAUGUUCUGUUCGAAAGUUCGUAAAUAGAUUAAAGUUUUUAUAUGAACCUUGGAGAGAAGACAUAAAUGCAAUUCAUGAGGAGCAUUUUUUUUUAAAUGCUGUAAAUAAAGAAGUUAAAUUAAUGGAAUUGUAUGAUACGAGUGGUGAUUUAUUGGGUGAAGGGAAGGCGUCUAGUUCUAAACAUAACGAAGAAAAAGGGCAGGAAGAUAUAUUAACGAACGCUGUCAAAAAGGUACGAUCGGUAUGGAGAGAUAUGGUAAAACAGGCUUAUUUAGACAAUGCAUCGGAAAUUAUGUUACAUUCUCAUAAGUCAGAAAACGGGGACAUAAUAAAAAUAAAUAUUCCUUACGUUGAAAACGUUCAGUUUAGGCAGUUUUUGGAAAAUUCGAUACAUGAUGUAUAUAACGCAGCCGUACAUCAACUACCUUACAAAAUGGGAAUUGCGUUCGGUUUUAUGCUUUUGGAUACAGAAAAAACGACUGUAAGACAUUGGUAUGUUGAUGAACAUUUAACUAGAACACCACAAAACAAAGAUAUUCUUCAUCAAGUUCCGAAUCUUUUCGUUAUAAAAAACAAAAAUGACGCAGAUUCUGUUAUCGAAGAUUUAUAUAAACAAAACUAUUUCGACUUGGUUCGGAGAAUGUUUUAUUCGUAUCGAGUGCAUAUUUUACGAAUAACAAAUAUGAAAAUAUCAAUAUUUAAAAUGAACGACGACAAAAUGGACGAUUUGGGAGGUCGGAGUAGCGAAGACGAGAGUUCGGAUGAUGAAGAUGAUUAACUUUCCAAGGUGUAUCUGUUAAAGUCAUGCCUGCUAUGGAGUUUUUGUUUAAGUGUAAGAUCAUGGUUUUUAUUCCUAAGGUUUCGAAAGGUAGAGUGAAAAUGGCUUUAUUGUCAAAAUCUUCGAACAGACUUAUUUUCGAGAAGAAAAUGAAUAUUAACUUAAUUUUGUUUAAUCAGCAUUAUUAUUUGGUUAUUAAGAAAAGACUUUUGAUGGACAAUAUUAGUUGUCUGGUAUGCGGACAGAAUUUUACGUGGAUGAAAAGUUUGUUACGACAUAGAGCUGGAAGCGGCAAAAAAAUAACACGUUGCAAUACUGAUGUAACACUUAUUAGCGCUACUGGAGUUGUUGAUGUUCAUGAACUUUAUCCUGAAAUGUUGAAAAAAAUGUUUCAUUUGCCGGAUGAACUAUUAAAAGAUAUUGUAAAAGACGAGAAUAACGACAUUGAUAACAAUGAAAAUAAUAAUGAUAUGUAUUUUAAAAGAAAUAUGGUUUGUUACGAUUUUGAGAGUUUGCUUAAAAGAACGACUUUGAGUGAAUUAAAAAAUCGGAGAUUAAAGAGUAUAAGAGACGGCUUUUUUGAUGAAACUGAAGAAAACGAAAGAUUAAAAAAGGAAGCUGAAGAACAUUUUUUGACAGAGAGAGAAGUUAUGCAAGAAUUGUACGACGAGGAGUUUGUGUUUUCUGAUGAUGGUGAAUCUAUAAUUUCUUCGCAACAGUUCAAAGAGAACUCCGCUGAUUUGACUAUAGAUGGGGAGGAAUACGUGUUUGAAAAUAUACCUUUGUCGUACGCAAUAUGCAGCAAUUUGACAACAGAGCAUAUUGAUCAUUUACAACCAGAUGAAAAUGGUUAUUCUACUGUAUUUCGCAUAUCUGAAAAUCCGAGAGAAUUGAUAAAUUUUUUCGUCGAUGAUCUGGAAGAAUUGGUGAAAUUAAAUAAAGAAAUGGAAUUUUGUAGAUAUAGAGAAAUUAUUUUAUAUAUAAAGAGAUAUUUUGCCGAAAGAAAGAUACUUAUUAAAUUUACUACUGAGGAGCUAAAUUAUCUCCACAAUGAUGACUUUAUAAGCGCGAUUGACGAUGAGGAGGAAGAAGGUGAGGGGAGUUUUUUUAACGGAUUUGUAAGUGUGAGCUCUACUUUAAAAGAAAAAAAUAUGUCGGAUGAUGAUUUGGUUACAAUGUCGAAAGAAAUGGAAAUAAUGGAAAAGAUCGGUAAAGAUCCAAUGACGUUGAUUGAAUGUUAUACACCGCAAAUUCGCAUGUUUAAAAGAUUUUUGGAUUAUAUAUCUACACUUCCUGUGUUUGGGUUCAACAGUAGCGCGUAUGAUAUUCCGUUAAUAAAGAAGGAGUUAAUACAAGUUUUAAAGGAAAAAGGAUUAAAUUUUAGCAACAUCGAAGAUAUCAAUAAUCAAAAGACAAAUGGGAAAGAUUUAUUCGUAAUAAAAAAGCAGAACAAAUAUAUAGAAAUGAGCGUAAGAAUCCAACACGGACGGUUCAAAUUGUUAGAUUUGAUGCAAUUUUUAGCGCCAGGAUUUAGUUUACGAAAUUUUAUACAGUCUUUUGCUGCAGAAUUUAAAAUGGAAAAGUUUUUUUUCCCAUACGAAUACAUGUCAAGUUAUGAUGUAUUAAAAGAAACUUGUCUCCCUCCUUAUGAAUCGUUUUAUAGCACGUUGAAACAGGGGAAUGUGUUAGAGGAAGAGUAUCUCACCUAUUUGGAAAAAAAUUACAAAGUUAAAAAAAUGCUUCUAAAUACAACUCCAGAAGAAGUUAGAAAAGUCGAUGCAAAUUUACCAUUAUCCGGACUUGAACAAUACGAAAUGAUUAAAAAAAAAUGGCGUGAAUUGGGUUUUAAAACGUUGAAGGAUUUAUUGCGUUUUUACAAUCU